UUCUACCUACUAGCCUCUGUUGAACAUGGGUCAAGGCAGGAAGGACUGAGUGAGGCCUUUGAACCCCGAGGUUGACUCAUAUGGAUUAUCAGCAGGGCUGGGAUUUUUAUCAAGAGAAACGCUCCACAGUCGUUGCUCCUGCCUGUUGGCAAUCACCUGGACCGUGGUGUCGGUAUCAUCGUCUCAUGGGGGGGCCUUGCAGCGUGGGAUGACCCAUGUGAUUGCGCUCUCUGCCCUACAUAAGUGACAGAAUGAUGAUGAGCACUGCGUCGGAUCCUGUCAAAAUAGUAUAUGGCGGAAGGGAAGCAAACCCAUGGGAUGUAAGCCUAAUAGGGCGCUUUCUCCCUACCGUUGCUGGGGAUAGUCAUCUGCACCCCGGGUCCGAAGACCUGGACAUUUAUCUGUACCCCGGAAGCCCGGACCUUGCAGGUUAUCUUUCGUUUUCAACACCCACUGGGCUGAGCUCUUACAAGAGGAGGGAAGGGAAGGGAAGGAGGGGAGGGGGGCGUGUACGAUAUCGCAGCUCUGAAAAGUCCGAUCUUAGCCCAGGGGAAACUAGACAAGAUACAGAAAAGAAGAAAAAAAUGAGACGUGUAUACGGUUAUAGUAUCACUAGUCAUCCGUAUCACCCACACAAAACCCUCCGUGCCGUUCCUUUUUAUAUACCUAUUAGCGUGACACACAUAAGUGACAGGAUUGACAGCACUAGUCUGCGGGCGCUCUCUUGACAAAACAAACAGCCCAGCCAGGAUUCUUGGGACUAUGGAGUGCUGACCAGCGAGCAGGGAAGCGUGCCGUGCCGCCAGGGGUGCGGCAAUGGUCGAUAGCGUAUACUACUAGUACUUGAUAGACUAAAUUUACAUGGGGAAGAGAGGAAUCAGCCCUUUUUUCCCGUCUGU